CUCUCCCCUCCCUUCCUAUCCCCGCUGAAAUUGUCUUCUCUCCUCAAAGUUCCCUCUUCUCCCUUCUCUCCCCGCCACUCUCUCUCUCUUUCUCUCUCUCUCAUCACCCAUGCCUUAAAUGUCCAAGCUACCCCUGCAGAUAGGAUUGGUUUGUAGGAGGGUUUUGGGAAUUUGAGUAAGAUUUGACAAAGACAACGAGUAAGCCAGCAAUGCACAAGUUUCUGCAAAUAAAACCCUUGAUUUCGAGUAAAACCCAGUGGAGGGCUACAAUCCCUUUGAGAGAUCUGCCUUGUCUGAUCCGAAAUCGCUUCCUUCAAACCGACGCAAUCCCUUCUCCUGCUUCAGAACCGCCCCCUUUGGGAUCCGCUCUUUCACUCUCUAAACGCCUCCGAAUACCCCAAAACAACUCCCCGAAUUCCUCAUCCGUCCUCAACUGUUUGAAAUCCCAUGGAUUCGAGGAUACCCAGAUCGCCAAACUGGUUAGGAAACGCCCCGACAUCCUCAAUUGCAAAGUACAGACAAAGCUCAAGCCCAAGCUUCGAUAUCUCAUUCAAAAGGGUUUUACGGGUAAGCUUUUGCCUGACCUCAUUUUGUCGAAUCCGUUUCUGCUUUUCCGAGGCUUGGAUUCUCAGAUUAGGCCAUCUUUUGAGUUCUUACGCCCUUUCCUGAAUGAUGAGGAAAUGUUUGUUGCUCUUAAACGAGCUUCGUGGUUAUUGACUAUUAGUCUGAAUUCGGUUUUGCAACCAAAUGUUGAUUUAUUGAUUAGUGAAGGGGUUCCUGCUAGUAGGAUAUCCAAGUUGCUUAUAUUGCAGCCUAGAGUUCUCUUGCAAAGCCAUGACAGGAUGGUUUACGCCGUUAAAACUAUUAAAGAAAUAGGUAUUGAACCCAAAGAGACUAGGUUUAUACAUGCUCUUAGGGUGAUUUGUUCAAUGAGCAAGUCUAAUUGGAAGAAAAAGGUGGAGGUUUUUAUGAGUUUGGGAUGGAGUAAAGAGGAAGUGUUGAAUACUUUUAAGAAAGACCCACUUUGUUUAGCUUGUUCCGAGAACAAGCUUCGGUAUUUGAUGGAUUUUUAUGUGAAUACUAUGAAGUUGGAUGCAAGGGCUAUAAUUGCAUACCCGAAAUUGCUUGGUUACUCAGUUGAGAGAAGGGUUCACGCCAGGUAUAUAGUUUUGAAGGCUUUGGAGUCAAUGAAGCUGAUCAAAGAUGACAAGAAGAUUGUUUGGGUAAUAAAAUUGCCUGAAAAGAAAUUUUUGGAGGAAUAUAUUGCUAAGCAUAUAGACAAAGUUCCAGGUUUGCUGGAUAUGUACCAUGGUGCUGUUAAGCCAAGGAAAACAAUCAGGGGCAAAAAGGAAAAAUUUGAUCCCAAAUCAGCAAGUUUGGCUCUGUAAUUCAGAAACUACCUAGAUAUUCCUUUUGACUGGUUCAUGUUAUGGUGCUGCCAGUUUGAUCUCAAAAUGUCAUCUUCGUCACUGUUGUCUUUCCUUUGUCUUGGUAUUGAUCUACUUAAGGUCAUGGUUCUUCUGUUGUUUAUGUAAUCACUAACCUGUUGCUUUAUUUUAAACUCUUGCAUUUAGUGGAACUCCAGUGGGUAUCCUUGAUAGCCUGAAAGAGUCAUAAUGAUUUAGCUUCAUAUCUUACUUUGGAUUGAGAAGAAUUAUGUUCUGAA